CUCCGAGCACGUCUUGAGGGCACUUGAAGACUGGCAGAGUUGAAUGCAAAGACGAAGAACAGACGAAGCACUGAUCCUGCUCGCAUACUACAUCUUAUUUUCACACAGCGAUGUUGCCCAUGCAAGGCUUCUGCACUACUUAGUAUUUCUUCUGCAUUCAUCUCAAUUUGCGCUUUUACGCAAAGGACGCAUUAGGGUAUUUUAAUCUAAAGAAUCUUAUUGCAUGGAUUAUUUCGUAAAGAAAAUCCUGUAGUGUGUCAGUUGCACAGAAGAUGAUGUUUUAGAGGAUUCUGGCGAAUUGUUUUUUUUUUACAAGUGAGCGCAUUACGCAUCGGAUUCUUCGCGUACAAGUGACCCAUUUGUGCCUUUGGAUCUCUUACUUGUAGAGACAUCCCGAUUAUAAUAUCACAUUUGUACUGGUGGACUCAAUUUACACAGUAAUGGAUACAACUAUUUGGAGUUAUUUAUUGGCUGCUCUUCUUGUGCUUUGCCGAGUCAAACUGGCCCGGUCUACUAUCUUAGAGUCAAUCUAUUGGAAUACAUCCAACAGCAUGUUCGUCCCAGGAAAGGGUAUAGUACUUUACCCACAGAUCGGGGACAAAAUGGACAUUGUGUGUCCACGAAUCAAGACAGGCACCGCUGAGCAGAGAAACAUCGAAUACUUCCGGGUUUAUCUUGUUACCAAAGAGCAAUUGGAGACCUGUCACGUCGCUAACGGGGAUGUGGCGCUGCUCAACUGUGACAAGCCGGACCAAGACGUGAAGUUCACCUUCAAGUUUCAAGAGUUCAGUCCCAACCUGUGGGGCCUGGAGUUCGUGAAAGGAAAAGAUUAUUACAUCAUCUCCACAUCGAACAGUACUGUCGAAGGUUUGGAUAACCACGACGGAGGAGUUUGUAAGAGCAAAUCUAUGAAGCUCGUACUGCGAGUUGGACAGAGUCCAACAGAUUCGUUCCCAGCAAAACCCCACCCUACAAGAUAUCCCCCGAAAUAUCCAGAAAAUAACGUGGAUCAAAGCACUUUCGACAAAGAAAAUGAUGUCAUCAACAAAGUUGACCCCAUACUGAAUGGGGAGGCCGGUGGAAAGAGCGGAGAGUCCGUGGGGUCUGCCGGAUCAGAAUUGGCCUUGUUUGCAGGCAUAGCAUCUGGUGCCGUUAUCUUCAUCAUCAUCAUCAUCGCUCUGAUUGCGCUCCUGCGUCGGCGUCAUCAAAAACACUCCGCCCAAUGCUCCGCCCAGUUACCGCUGAACACGCUGCCCAAACGUGGCAGCGGGGCAAGUGGAGGAAGCAACAAUAACGGCUCUGAGCCCAGUGACAUCAUCUUUCCCCUGCGGACCUCAGGAAGCAUGUACUGCCCGCAUUACGAGAAGGUCAGCGGCGACUACGGGCACCCCGUCUACAUCGUCCAAGAAAUGCCACCGCAGAACCCUGCAAAUAUUUACUACAAAGUUUGACGUGAAACUGAAAACGAUCAGAGGAUGCAGAGCGCCACAGCGCCGAGUGGAAAGCUAAACGCUUGCGUUUUUAAUGCUGGACGUCUAUUUUGAGAUGCCGCUUACUGGUUUAACCCGAUAAGUUGGACGCUACAAGGGUUAAAGAUCAAUUCUAGUUCAGACGAACUUAUUCAUUGUUGGUCUCGAGUCCUUGGAUAAACGUUGGUGCACAUGGAAGCUUGUUUUUGAGGAUUUCUGAAUGAAUUUCAAAAUCUUGAACUAUCUCACAGAUGAACUCCUGGGAAACCUCAGACAAAGUGACGAAGCAAGGCGUUAGGGUCCGUUCAGUCUGAGUUGUUAUAAACAUUCAAGUUUAUUUUUAAUUUAUUAAUUUUGUUUGUUCUCACGUUUUUGAACUUCUAUACAUUGAAAAUGUUCAAUACGUCCAGACGUCAGACUAUGGGCAUCCCAGAGCUGGUCUGUUGAAUGCGUAUUACAUAUCACAUUUUCAGCCCUUAUGCAGUUUAAACCAAGCAUUAACUUGCAAGGCUUUGCCGGUGUGGUCCUCAAAACGCAUGUGGUUCUUCUUUAGCUUUGGACUUUCUAAGCAACAACAACAAACAAACAAAACUGAAACUCGACAUGAAGAAAGACCCUUUGUUGACUUGUCAAUGUAAAUACAAUAAACAGACAUUUAAAUUAUG